UUCGUCGUUAGUUAGGGCGGUACUUGACCGGACCAAGCCCCAUUCGGCGUGUUGUGGUGCAGCCUCGCCGCGCUAACCCGUCUCGUAAAUCAAGCCACCGCUUCGCUUUUCCAUUCGUGGUUUACUGCUUACCCCAACACACUCACGCGUUCUUCUGUUUCGGGGCAAUUUGGAAAAGCUAGAGAGGGCAGUGGCUGUGCUGCGAAACCGAAUCGUUGCCCGUGGCAAAGAACGCGCAGACCAGGAUGGAAUGUUUGGGCUGGGCGCUGAGUGGGGCGACUUGGGAGUCGUCCCUAAACACGCAACACGAUCCAAGGGAAGUGGCGCAGCGACCGCCAGACCUUCAGCAGCACCUUCCCUCCUUGGGAGUGUGCCUGUGAUGCGGUUGCCCAGAGUGCCCAGGUUCGAUGCAUCACGACGCUCUUUUUGGUCGUCACGGUUAGUGUACGCAUCAUUAGUUUGUGUUUUCCGAUUCCGCGGAACAACCAAACGGCCCCUCCUGCGCGGCAGCGUUGCAUCAAAGAUGCUCGCGUUUCAAGUCAACAAGAGCAGUCUGCACCUGGUUUCCAGUUCCAGCUUUGCACCGGCUUCGGCUUCCGUUUACCUGGGCUCUGGGACCCGUGCCGUCCCGGGGCGGCAUCAUCCAAGAAAGAUCGCCGUGAGAAACGCCCGAGUUCAAUGCGCGCCACUAAAUGGCCGAAAAGUCGGCUGGCAACGCAGGCAUGUAGCGAAUGAGGUCCCAGGGCGACCUCUCUACUCGGGUUUCCAGCUGCCCACAGGGAGCCUCACCAAGCCAGACGCAGUAAUAUGCUCGUCGGGUCUCCCGUUGGAGUGGGUCUUGAUUGACCGCUCUGACCUCCCCGCCGACUCACCUCCUGUCCUCGCUCUGUCUCCCUGUUGGCUGCCGCGAGGAAACCACGGCGUUCUCGCCGGUGAGACUGAUUUGCUGGAAAGGUCAGCCCAACCGCAAGGUAGGUGUAGGACACCUCUCCCUCAGUUGGAACCUCCCUAGGCGAGUAACCCUUUUCUGGAUUUUGGUCAACCCCAUGAGAUCUACCAAGUAUUGUUCGCCUUG